CAUUGUUUUCUUAACAAUGGCUUGAACAUCUGGACAGGCUAUGAACCCUUUGAGACAUUUAACAAUGGGUUCAUGACAUACUUACUGGCUUAAGUGGUGCUCUCCAGGAUACAGGAAGCUUUUUUUAAGAAAUCAGGAUAUAUUUUAGGAUAGAAGCCGACAAUGGAGGCGACGAUACUUUUUAUACCCCUCAUCGUCCUGAUCGAAGCUCUCCAGUACAAACAGACGUCCGCCGCACCUUUGGCUCGAACUUCCGGGACGUUUUCCACGGUGACGUCAGUUUAUGAUGACGUCAACCAACACAAUGCCGAUGAACCCAAAGAUAUUCAAGAUUUUGAACGAGAAAAACAAACUGUUGCCACGCUAAGAUCAGAGGAUAUCAUGAAAACUGACUUUGAUAGAAUACUUUCGGACAUGACAGACGAACGCAUAAAUAGCGGAAACGAAGAAAUCCCAUUAUUGCUUAAUAAAUUUCUGGAAGAUAUUUUUCUAUUUCUCAACGACGAUCAUACAGGCACUUAUCUCGUGCGAAAGAAGCGGGGCCUCGGUGAAACCGGAAGUGCGUGGGACGAGGUUCGCGCGCGCACGUGGCAGGUUCGGGACAGACACUCCGGCCUGGAGUACGUGUACAGGGCGUGGCUUGGUAAACGUCAGGAGCCCAAGGUGAAAUAUACAACCAUUGUAUUUGCUCAGAUUGACGUUGGGUAACGCAUCAACAUUAUGGUGACAUAUGGCUGGCAAAUAAAUGCAAA